UUACUCAUAUCUAUAUCCCUCUCCUUUUCUUUUCCUUCCCCUUUCUCAUUGCAAGCUGUGUAUAUUAAUCAGAUUAGAUUUAAUUUCAAUCAUUAUAAGUAAUCAUUAAGUAAUUUAAUCAAAAGUAUAAUACUAAUACUAAUAAUCAUAAUCAUCAAUUAAUCAUGGAGGUUCGCCAUGAAUCCCCCAUGGACAAUAUAUCAGCAACAGCCGCAGCACCGGAAGAACGUCAUCUUCCGUCGCCGUCUAAACAGCCUAAGCCGUCUCCGCUUCCCGUCGAUUCUAAUUCCGUCACUCAACGGCUUCAGAAAGAACUUAUGGCACUUAUGAUGAGUGGAGAUCUAGGAGUAUCUGCAUUUCCAGAAGGUGAGAGCAUAUUUACAUGGAUUGGUACAAUUGAGGGUGGCAAAGGAACUAUGUAUGAGGGUUUGUCUUAUAAACUCUCUUUACGUUUCCCUCUGGACUAUCCUUUCAAGCCCCCUCAUGUUAAGUUUGAAACGAUGUGCUUCCAUCCUAAUAUUGACCAGUUCGGUAACAUCUGCCUGGAUAUCCUUCAGGACAAGUGGUCAUCUGCUUAUGAUUGUCGAACCAUUCUUUUGUCGAUUCAAAGUUUAUUAGGAGAACCUAAUAUUGAUAGUCCUCUCAACAGCUCUGCUGCUGCACUUUGGAGCAACCAAGAAGAUUACAGAAGAAUGGUACACAAAGAAUAUGCUGCUGGAGAAACAUUUGAGAGCUGAUAUACAAAAUCAUGAGUCUGCUUUUUUAGUAAGAACAGUAUUUUGUGAACUCAGUGGGUUUACAUUGGACAAUGUAAGUAAAUCCAUUCAUUUGUAUGCACAGAUUCUCUGUUGUAUAGUUGGGAUUAGCUGCCCUAAUAAGACCUAUAAAGGGACUCGAGUAAACCUGCAUAUGCACUCUAAUAAUGCGACGAUAACUCAUAGUCUAAGAUUCAAAUGA